AUGCAGAUGAACAAAAAUGGAGCAAACAGGAAAAUAUCUAAUAACAUGGAAAGGCUUGGUCUUGAUAAACUUGCUGACAUGUACGGUCUUGACAUACAAAAAAGAAGUAUGGUGGAAGUAAUGUAUAGAGCAUUUCGUAUACGGGUUAGUGAAACCGCAAUUGUCACCACGCGAAUGAGCAUUGAACAUGCCAUCUACACAUUAGCGCUUGUGAGGCGUGAGCCGGCUAAUAAGGGAAAGUCAUUUUUCUUUUACAAGUUAAAGCCUGAACAAAGAUUAGAACGCGAACACUUUUGCCUCUCGGCUACCGAAAGCGAGUACCCAUUGUGCGCCCCCAGAGUACCUUUCGCACCUCGGAGAGAAAGUGGAAGGAAAGUGCAGAUUUUGGCUGUCAUGUCACCGCCUACGCUCGUCCUCUUAGGAGCAUUGUAUCGAGCCAUCCAUCACUCCGAUCCCACGGGUGUCGCUUAUCGGACCUAA